AGUUUUAUUUAUUUCAGUUGGACAAAGAGGCUAAGAGCAGAAUACUCUUUUCAUUUCCUCCACCUACACUAUCACAAACUCCGAGAAGAUCAACAAGCUACAAGAGAACGAUGUCGUCUUCUUUCGCAGACUCAUUCGACAACUACGGCGGUGACCCCCCAGCCGCCGAGUCUACGCACCCCUUUGACGAUGCUUACCUUGCCCCUGACUCCUUCUCCAACUUUGAGUCAACUGCCGCCGACUCUCCGCCGCCUGUCUACGUCUCCACUGGAGCGUUUUCCUCCGAUCCGGCGGAUUACUCCCCGGUAACUAAUGAUAAUGGUCCGAUUCUUCCUCCGCCGACGGAAAUGGAGCCCGAGGAGGGUUACGCUCUCAGGGAAUGGAGAAGACAGAACACAAUUCGACUAGAGGAGAAAGAGAAGAGAGAGAAAGAACUAUUAAGCCAAAUCAUUAUUGAAGCUGAUGAGUACAAAGUUGAAUUUCACAGAAAGCAGCUGGCCACCGUUGAAACCAACAAAGUAACCAACAGGGAGAAAGAGAAGGUAUUUGUUGCUGGCCAAGAGAAAUUCCAUGCCGAAGCUGACAAGGAUUACUGGAAAUCAAUAGCAGAGCUAAUUCCUAAGGAAGUUCCGUCAAUAGAGAAGAGGAAAAGUAAGAAGGAGCAGGAGAAGAAGCCUUCAAUAGCUGUCGUUCAAGGGCCGAAACCUGGAAAACCUACUGAUUUAACUAGGAUGAGGCAGAUCCUCAUAAAGCUCAAGCACAAUACGCCUGCCCACCUGAAACCAUCUCCACCGCCCGCCCCAGAUGCCAACACUUCCGUUGCACCGAAGGCUGCUGCUGCUGCUGUGGCAGUGUCAACCGAGGCUGUUGCUGUGGCAUAAUUGUAGUUGCUUUUGCGCAUUUAUAUAUAUAUUUGUAUAAUGUAUUUUAUGGAGCUUCUAUAUACUUGCCCACUUGCCCCAAACCAUUGUAGAUCUAUAAAGAUGUUACACCUCUAGACUCCGAAAGUGAUUUAUUCUGCUCAUUGUGGGUUUAUAUUUUUGUUGUGAUAAAUAUUAGGAAAUAUUACUAUGACUCUUCUUAAA